GUAGGAUUCAAGGAGAAGACAAGCGCUGUUUCUUCAGAGGGCUGAAGGUUUAUUAGUUAUAUACCGGAACAACAAUAGCGAGCGUCGAUAUGCACAUGUUUCUUGCUUUUACAUGACGUGACCUCUUUCGUUGUACUGUGAUCCAUCUUUAGGGUGUUCUUGGAGCUGUUAUACGGCAUUAUGGGUGCACUCGGGAACGGUCGGCGUGGCGGUCGCUCUCCGUCUUUGCUCAUGGCUGCUCUCAUCGCCUGCGUUCUUCUGCUUGGCUUUAACUACUGGGUCUCAAACUCAAGAAACAUUGAGCUUCAGAGCAAGAUAUUGGAGCUGGAGGAUCACUUGAGACUGCUGACUGCAGAAAGAGAUAGUGAGCAGCGGAGUAAGAUGAAGGCGGAGGAUGAGAUGCGCAUACAGAAUGAGAAGAUGGACAUAAUAAAGGAUACACAACUUAGACAACAGGAUAUAGCACUGAACAACUGUAUCCAGGAGAAGGAAACUCUGAAGCACAACAUUUCCUCCGGUGGUAAUACAGUGCAGGAGAUGAGGGAUCGUAUGAAGUCAAUAUUGGAGGAUCUCGGUAAGGUGCAGACUGAGCUGAAGUCCUGUCAAAGUAACUCGGACACUUUCAUGACUCAGUGUAACAAACAAAUUGAGAGCAUUAAAGAGAAAUGCGGUGUGAAAACUGAGGAUGGAGAACUAAAGGCUGAAAAGGAACCUGCGCAUUUAGAUCCAGAGAAUGCCGCUGGUUUAGAAAAAUCAUUGUUUGGAAAACCCAAAUCUGAGGCAGAACUUCCGAACAGCAAGCCAGAAGUGGAGUCCGAGCCGAAGAAUGAAUACAAAGAUAAUAACGAGAAAGCUGCUGUGAUUAUAAACAAAUCACCCACAACCUCCAAACCGGCAAAUAAGAAUGAGACUCUUAACAGACCAGCCAAUGACAAUGUCCCAGAUGCAGUGAUGGGCUUUAAAGGAGAAUCUUUAAGGAGAGAUACUCUGUUGGAUGAAGUAGGAAUUCUUGAGCCGAAAAAUGACGACAUCGGAUUCGGAAUGGGAGAGGAUAACGAGGAAAAAGUCAGAGUUGAGGAUGGGAAAGAUGAAAAUGCGAUUAUGUAUGACAAUGAUGGCGAGAUAGAGAAACAGCUCUCCAAGAUUAAAGAUGAAAAUCAAGAUGCCGGACAGGAACUAGAGGACGAUAUGGCCAAUUAUAACGGUGAUGAUGACAACCAGCCAGAAUCUGAGGAUGAGAAACAAGCAGAACUGGCAGGGAUGUAAGAAACACAAACUCCAGAUCACACAACGUGCCUGCUGAUAAACUCCUCACUGGCUGGAGUGACCGUUCUGACACUCGACAGAUGUUUAUGGGAUGGGAGAGUAAACUUUCUGCAACAAUGGAUCAUUUUCGCUGGGUUAAUACUAUUGUGUAAUGAAAGAUUUGCACGACACAGUAUUCAUCUCUGAACUGAAACUGAAUCUAAUAUAUCUUACCAAGACAGGCAUGGUCAGAUCAUUCUUUAACUAGUACUGAUUUUAGAUGAAACUUGAAUGUACUGAACAUCUGCGAUAUCAAGCCUUUAAAUCGAUGUACCAUGGUGGUGAAGUUUCCUUGCUGUCAAAGCUUUCCUCCAAUGAAAGGGAUGUUGUACUAAAACAGCAACGCAUAAGCUAAUAUAUUACAGUACAUUCAUGCAUUUUACUAAAGCUUUUAUUCAAAGUGACUUAGGCUUUGCAUUUUUAUUAUGUGCUUUCUCUGUAAAUCAAACCCAUGAUUUUGGCUUUGUUAACAUCAUGGUUGACCAGUCGAUCUAGAGGUAAAACUCUUCAUAUUGCUUUCAUUUUUUGUGUUAAUGAAUUUCUAAAGUUUUGAAGCUGGAUGUCUAGACAGGAGCAUUAUUCAGGUCAAAAGACGUCACUAUUUCUAUGAUGGUCAUUUCCACAGUUAACUCAUUUCAUAACGGCACAUUGCAAUCUUUUAGUUACUGUGAGCUUGUUACGUGUACAUUGAUUCAAGAUUUCUAUACUGUCAUGAAGUUCAACUUUGUCGUGAAAAUGUUUUUUUAUGUAGGUUUCUUACUGGAUUUGUGAUCUCAUAAUAAAGUUUUAGUUAAAUUUC